AUGGCCGAGGCGCGUAUCAAAAAGGUCGGGGCCAAGAACAAACGUGGCUCGAAGAGCGCCAGAGCCGAGGAGCCAGGGUCCGGGAGGCAAAAGGCGAAGCCUGAGGGUGGAAGGCAAGAGGCGAAGCCUGAGGGUGGACGGCAGAAGGCUGACCUCGUGGAUGAGAGGCAGAAGGCCAAGCCUAAAGGACAGGUAAUCAAGUUGGGGGCCAAGUUGGGGGCCAAGCCCGAAGCCAAGUCGGGGACCAAGCCUGAACCCAAGGUUGAUGCCGAGCCUGUAGCCAAGUCUGAUGCCGCUGGAGAAGGAUCCACUGCGGAGAGGUUAAAGACAAAGAGGCCGAAGACCGACAGUCCAAAGCCCAAGAGUAAGAGAGCGAAGAUGCAGAAGCAAAGAGACACGAAUGCAGCGGUAAGCAAUGCCGCGAAGGAGCAAAUUGUGGUAGCGGAGGAGAAGGUUGCGGAGGAGCCGGUUGCGGAGGAGACGGUUGCGGAGGAGACGGUUGCGGAGGAGACGGUUGCGGAGAAACGGUUGAGUGACGAGGAGAAUGCAGAAGCGAAGAAGGAGGCAGUGGAGGCGGAUCCGUAUUUACUGAAUGAGUUUAAGCGUGAACAGAAUGCGAGUACCCGGUGGACAAACAAGCAACGGACCUUGGUGUUCGGGACCCGAGGUUUGCGGACUGCCCAUCGAUACCUGAUGCAGGACAUCCGGAAUCUGUUGCCGCAUCACAACACGGAAGUGAAGUGGGAGAAGUCUAUGACUUUUGACGAGAUUCCGGAGGUGGCGGAAAUGAACAACUGCGACAACGUGAUAUUCCUUGAAGCGCGAAAACUGAAUUUGUAUUUGCACCUCGCUAAGUGUCCGCAUGGUCCAUCAGUGAAGUUCCAGGUGCAUAACAUACACACCAUGGAGAGUGUCAACUUUAUUGGAAACUGUCUUAAGUAUUCAAGGCCGCUGUUGGUCUUUGAUAAAAGUUUCAGCGACAUCACACACCUCAAGCUGCUGAAGGAAAUGAUUGUUCAAAUCUGGGGCAGCCCUCGAAACCAUCCCAAGACUAAACCGUUCCACGACCAUGUCAUGUCCUGGGUAUAUAACGAUGGCAAAGUAUGGUUCAGACAUUAUCAGAUAUAUUCCGAAAAGUUUUCCAGCAACAUAGACCAGCAGCAACUAAGAGAAAUCGGACCCAGAUUUGUGCUCGAGCCCAUCAGGAUCUUCCAAGCCGCUUUUGCCGGAAAGGUGUUAUGGAAAAACCCCCAAUACCACACCCCCACUGCAAUAUCCGCAAGCAGAAAACGUAAACUUCAGAAUCCCCUUAGACGUCCCUCACUGUCCGACUCAGCCUUCUCCUCCAGUUCCGACGAAGAGUAA